AUGGUGCGAAAGAAGCUCAACGUACAUAAGUCCGAGGAUGAACUUCAGUCGGAGGGUGAGGAUACGGAUCCCGGACAGCGCCGCUUGUCUGCACGGGGACACGGGGACAAGACGCGGCUGUCCCAGCUGGAGGAGCUACAGUACCAGCUGACAUCACAGGAGCUGCAGUUUGCCCAGCAUUCCCGCCGCGUGCCUCCGCUCCCGGCGCCGGCCGACUCCGGCGAGACCGACAGGAGCAGCCUGACGGCGCCAACGCCGGCCCAGCGUGAGGCACUGCUCUCGUCGGAUGGAGGGGGCAGCUCGCUCCACGAGCUGUGGAAGAUGCUGGAACAAGACGACCCCGGCAGCUCUCCCAGCUACGACAAGGGUGCAGCCCGUCCCUCGACCUCCCGCUCGCCCAGAUGCCCUACAGCCACUGCCGUCACCGGGGAGCCCCACACCCCGGAGAAGCCCAGUCGCGACGCGGGGCCCGAGGAGAUUGCAGUGCGGGCGCGGGGGCUGACCCCGCACGCCCGACCCCGAAAGGUGGCCGGGCGUAACCCUUGGGGUGACUCGACGAAUUCAUCGGGCAAGCCGCGCACACCGGGACGGGGACGGGUGCGUAACUACAACGUGCGGGAUUGACACACCCACGAGGUGGUUUAACCGACCCGCCAGGUGGGGGUGAUGAUCGGCUGAGCGGACAUGGCUAACUGAUGAAUCGGUGUGUGUUAUCAUCGUUACAUUCCUCGGACCAGCAAUAACAAGAGAGUACAACACUGAAUUAUGCUCACGGGCAAUGGAAAACGCUUUUGCGUGCUGUUUUAAAAAAACAAAACACGAUAACGGUUGUAAUACUGUAGAUCUGUCUCUGAAAAUAGAUUUUAAAAGUGAUGUUUCUCAGGAUGGAAGAGUGGAGAUAAAAAAAUGCUUUUUGUGUUCUUUUGAAAGAUUGGUAAUGUUGAAUUUGCCUUGAGGGUUUGUCUGUGUUUGUAAAUGUAGCAGUACAGUUAACUCUUGAUUAUCCGUGAAUGGAUUUACCGGGUUGUGGAUUAAUCAUGCUUGUGAACAAAAUAAAUAUUUGUGGCGUGCUGGUUUUAUCGGUUGUACUACUGGCUGCUCUUUACUUGUCGACGGUUAGCGACUCGGUGCCCACAUGACUGCAAACACGUCAGCAAGAAAAUCGAUUACUUUAAGAAGGAAUAAAAACAGAUGAUGCUUUCUGUCCUCGUUCAUCCCCAUUGUACGUAGGAAAAUAAUUUAUUAUUUGGUUAUUUCGGUAAAG